AUGAACUGCACAAAAAUGGCUAGUUCGCUAAAACGAAUCGAAAAAGCGAAAUGCGAAGUGCCGAGUCUGAACAAUUAUUCAGAUGAUUUGUGUACUCUAACACAGCCGAAUGCAGCUACAGUCCUCCACGCACUCAAUAUACGAUACACUUCUAAUGUUAUUCAUACAUACUGCGGUCUAUUCUGUGUCGUCAUCAACCCGUGGCGAACAAUUCCAAUAUAUUCUGAUGAAGUGAAACAAUUAUAUCAGCAUCGAAAUGAUCUACCUCCACAUGUUUAUUCUGUCGCACAGAAUGCAUUUCAUGGAAUUUUGAAAGGUGGAAGGAAUCAGUCGAUUCUCAUUACCGGAGAAUCAGGAGCUGGAAAAACCGAGAACACGAAGAAAAUCAUCGAUUUCAUUCUGAGUUCUAGUGGUUCAAAUAACACAAUUGGAGAGUGUGUUGUGACGAGUGGAGUACUGUUGGAAGCAAUGGGAAAUGCGAGAACCACUCAUAAUAGCAAUAGUUCUAGAUUUGGAAAAUUCAUCAGAAUCGAGUUCGACGAGAACUCAAAGCUAAUCGGAGCCAAAAUUGAAUGCUAUCUCCUCGAAAAGUCUCGAGUAGUCUCCCAAAGUGAUGGUGACCGAAACUUCCACAUUUUCUAUCAAAUGCUCUCCAAUUAUUUCGAUAAUCCGCACAAAAGUUUUCUGAAAUUAUCGAAGAAAGUGGAACAGUACAAAUAUUUGCGAAAUGACGACGCAUCGAUUGAUGAUGCUGAAACUGCUAAACUCACAGAUGAAGCAUUCUCGAAGAUUGGAUUCAGUGAGGAGGAGAAGAUCUGGAUAUUCCAAAUUCUGUCAGCAGUUUUGUGGAUUGGAGAUAUCAAAUUUGGAGAGAGGAGUGGAUUAGAUGUUUCUUUUGUGGAGAGUAUGCAAGAAGUGGACAAUAUCGCCGAGCUGCUGGAAAUGAAAAGCUCGAAACUGGUGGAUGCAUUGACUCAGCCGACGAUAAAAGUGCAUGAUAAACUGAUCAGGAAGAAUCAGAAUCUAGCUAAGACUCUAAGUUCAGCAUCUGCAAUGGCAAAAGUACUGUACGAGAGAUUGUUCGGAUGGGUUGUCAAAAGAUGCAAUGACGCAUUUUCAGUGGAUGAUACUAAAAGCUCUUGCCGAAACAGUCGAUUCAUCGCAGUUCUCGAUAUUGCUGGAUUCGAAAUCAUUGAGAAAAACUCAUUCGAACAGUUCUGUAUCAAUUAUACAAAUGAGAAACUUCAACAAUUUUUCAAUCAUUUUAUGUUUGUGAAAGAACAAAGUGACUAUUUGGAAGAGGGAAUCAAAUGGACUCAAGUCAAUUUUGCGAAUCAUCUCCAGCCGACGAUUGAUCUGAUUGAAAAGCCAAUGGGUGUUCUCUCCUUCUUGGAAGAAGAAUGUGUUGUCCCCAAUGGAUCCGAGAAGUCACUCCUCGAGAAGCUCUGCUCAAAUCUAGCCGGAGAUUCUAGUUUCAAAAAGUCCAAACAAUCUCAAAAAUACUCGACAGUCCGACACUUCGCAGUUCAACACUAUGCCGGAGAAGUCCAUUAUAACAUUGAUGGAUGGUUGGAAAAGAAUCGAGAUAAUGUGGAGACGUCGGUGUUGGAUAUCCUGUCACAGUCUACUCAUCCACUGUUGAAAGUCUUGUUCCCUCCAGUCCCUGCAAACAACCUGAAGGCACGACGAGGCACUAUCACCAAUUCUACCGUUUCAUUCUUGUAUAAAGGGGGUGUCUUAAGAUUAUUGGGCGCACUGUAUGAGAAACUUCCAGGCAAAAUUGAUGCUCCGUUGGUUUUGUCUCAGUUGAAAUGCAAUGGUGUGCUCGAAGGAAUAAGAAUCUGCCGUGAAGGCUACCCAUCACGUCUUCCACAUUCAGAAUUCAUUGAGAGAUACUCACUUCUUCUAAAGAAUAAAGAAAAGGUUUCUGGAGCAAGUGAGAAGGAGAAAUGUGCUCAUAUCUGUCAAGAUGCAGACGUUCGAAAAGAGAGAUACGCAGUCGGAAAGACAAAAUUAUUCUGUAAAGUUGGAGUGAUUUCUGAGUUGGAAAGGAAGAGAAAUGAGUAUAUCUCAUCGUUUAUUGUAUUGAUUCAAGCCAAUAUUCGAUAUCUGAAUGUUCAAGCAGAUCUAUUGGAGAGAAGAAGAAAAGCAGAGGCAAUUGUGACAAUUCAAGAGAAUGUCAGACAAUUUGCUCAGUUAUCCCAAUGGCCGUGGUAUCGGAUACAUCAUUUGGCGAGGGGAUUGAUACCCAAGAAUAGGGAUAAAGAGAGAAUUCAGGAGUUGGAGAUGGAGAAAAUGAAACUGGAAGAGGAGAUUCAGGAGAUGGAAGUGAAGAAUGAGGAGGCGUUGAAGGAGAACUUGAAGUUGAGCAUGGUGGGUGGUUUAAGAGAUACUGUUAUGUCGCGAGGAAGAGUAGAAUAG